AUGGAUCGCAACUGCUCAUCCCUCCAUAACAGUGUGGUGAAUAUCAGCGAAUGUUUAGAUCAGGACUUAACGGGCGAAACAAAUCAAACAUUAUCUACACUUGAGCGAUAUAUUGUACCAUUUAUUGCAGUUAUCGGGAUAUUAGGAAAUCUAUUGGCAUUUAUAGUCUUUCUACGGAAACCAAUAAGAAACAAUUCGUCAAGCUUUUUUCUUGCCGCACGUUGCUUGUCGGACGCGGGAUUUUUGUUGGUGCUCAUGGUGAUUUGGGUAUCGACGGUGUUUGAACUGUACCUAAGCAAAGUGUUGUUUUUGUGCAAAGCUUUGAUAUUUUCUACAUACGUCUUUGGGUGCUUAUCUGUAUGGCUUGUAAUCUUGGUUACAGCAGAAAACUAUACACGAAUUUGCAAGCCUUUCCUUGUACACAGAGUGUGUAAGACUCUUUAUGCAAAAAUAGUAUUUUGUGUGAUUUUGGUUGUCAUCAUUAGCAGCUACAGUUUUCCAUUUUGGACUAUGACGGAUAACUGCGUGCCGUUUCCAGCUCAUUACGCGUUCGUUACAAUAAUGGUGUAUAUUGACUCGGUGCUGACCCUGUUCUUACCGAUUAUUCUAAUUGCUAUGCUAAUGGCUGCGAUGGUCACAUCAACUAUUCAAGCACGUAAAAGGCGACGAAGGCUUAGUCGGUCAUCAAUGAGUAAUACCAUGAACCCAACAAUGAAAGUAACGACUAUGCUCUUCGCUGUCACCGUUACAUUUAUAGUUUUGAACAUUCCAUCACACAGCGUUCGGCUUUGGUUAAUGGUGUCCACAUUUCUUGAACAUGACAAUGUAGUGACAUCGGCUGUAUCCAUUAGUCAGACUAUAUCAUCCCUGUUGUACUACCUAUCAAUGUCUAUCAAUGUGAUCAUUUAUUAUAUUUUUGGAAUCAAGUUCCGGGGAACGCUAAAUGGACUUUUCCUACCAAAGCCAAUCAGCGUCCACUCGUCUACAAGGCCAGAUUGUUACAAUUCUCGUGAACGCUUGAGGAAAGUUUCUGUGCCUCUCCUCGGUGUGAUCAACUAUGCAGCGACCAGCGACUACUUCUAUUUGGGAACCAGAAUGACGCGCACCAAAAGCUCUGAUUUGUGA